AAUGAUGAGGAAAAUGACAUAGCUAAUAAAAGCGUGACGAAUUCUCUGAAAAUACUGAAGGACAAGCAUCCUGACUAUCUUGGAGAAAUAUAUGUGGUUCAGAUAAACAGUUCAGAUCCUGAGGAAUCCCUCGCACGAAUGUGUAACACAUGGGAAUCUGCUCUUCAAGGAUCAAAAAUUCCAGAUUUGGUCCUUGACACUACCACUUCAGGAUUGGCAACUGAAACUGUCAAUGCUGUCACUGCUGCUCUCGGAUUGCCAACUGUCUCUGGAGAAUUUGGCCAGGAAGGUGAUCUCAGACGAUGGAGGGACCUAACCGAUGAUCAGUUAGGGUACCUAAUUCAAGUGAUGCCUCCAGCAGAUUUGGCUCCAGAAAUUGUCAGACAACUCUGCUUAUCAACGAACGUAAGCAACGCAAUGAUCCUCUUCAAUGGCGAUUUUGCAAUGGACCACAAAUACAAGAGUCUUCUUUUGAAUGUACCAACUCGGCACGUGAUGGUGGAUAUUGAAGAGACCCUAGAAAAAGCAACGGACCAGAUAACAAGGCUUCGAGAUCUCGACAUUGUGCACUUCUUCAUCCUGGGGAACGAGGAAACUAUCUCGAUGGCACUGGAAGUCGCAGAAACGAUGAAUUACACCGGAAGAUUCUAUUCCUGGUACAUGAUCACGCUGGAUGAGUUCACACCUCAUUGCGAAUGUAAGAACGUCUCUAUGAUGCUGAUAAAGCCACAGCUUCAGAAUGAGCAACAACUGGCUGAACUGACGACAAAAGGACUCUUACCCAAGCCACUGAUAAGCUCUGCCUUCUAUUAUGACCUGACGCGAAUCGCAGUGAUGGGGAUGAAAGCUGCCAUUGACGCCGGUGAAUGGCCUGAAAAACGAGUGCAGAUCACCUGCAAUGAAUACAUAGGUAACAACACACCUACCAGGAACUUGAACCUCCUCCCAAGGUUGAAGGCUGUGACCAACAGCAGUAGCUUCACCCCUACCUACGCAGGUUUUUCCUGGGGUAAAAAAAAUGGCGAACACAAAACAAUAUAUGAUAUGUCCCUGAGUAUCAUGAGCAUCGCCAAUGGAAAUCCCGUUUCAAACGAACAGUUCGCCACGUGGUCAGCUGGCAUCGAUUCACCCUUGGAGGUCUUCGACGAAUCGACAAUGCAUAAUCACACGGCAGUAACGAGCUACCGGGUCGUCACGGUUCUCAAGAAGCCAUUCGUCAUGUACAAUAACGUCACUAAUCAGUGGUACGGAUACUGCAUCGAUCUUCUGGAUGCAAUCAGGGAAACCGUCAGAUUCGAGUACACGAUUCGAGAAGUGGACGACAAGGAGUAUGGGAACAUGGACGAUCAAGGAAACUGGAAUGGGAUGAUCAAGGAACUCAAGGACAAGAAGGCUGACAUCGCUCUAGGAGCUCUCGCAGUAAUGGCUGAGAGGGAGAAUGUCGUCGACUACACGGUUCCUUAUUACGACUUGGUGGGACUAUCAAUCCUGAUGCUCAAGUCGAAAUCAAGGACAUCACUCUUCAAGUUCCUGACGGUUCUGGAAGACGAUGUCUGGCUCUGUAUCCUGGCUGCCUACUUCUUCACAAGCUUCCUGAUGUGGAUUUUUGACAAAUUCUCGCCCUACAGUUAUCAGAACAACAGGGAAAAGUACAAGGACAGUGUUGAGAGGAGGGAAUUUACCCUGAAGGAGUGUCUCUGGUUUUGCAUGACAUCGUUGACCCCUCAAGGUGGAGGAGAGGCUCCGAAAAAUCUCUCUGGAAGAUUGGUAGCAGCGACUUGGUGGCUCUUUGGAUUCAUCAUCAUUGCUUCCUACACAGCGAAUUUGGCUGCUUUUCUUACCGUUUCGAGAUUGGAAGUCCCGAUCGAGUCAAUGGAACAGCUUGCUGCCCAGUAUAAAGUUCAGUAUUCGGUGAUUGAAGGAUCUGGGGCUCACACGUAUUUUGACAGGAUGACUAAUAUUGAAGAGCGGUUCUAUGAGAUCUGGAAAGACAUGAGUCUAAACGACAGUCUUACUGACUUGGAAAGAUCAAAACUAGCAGUUUGGGACUACCCAGUCAGCGAUAAGUAUACGAAAAUGUAUCAGACGAUGAAAGAAGCAAAAAUGCCGAAAACUCUAGAAGAAGCGGUCAACAGAGUGAGGAAAGUCAACACGACUAAUGAAUUUGCUUUGAUCGGGGACGCCACGGAUAUUAAAUAUCUAACGUUGACGAAUUGUGAUUUAAAAAUGAUCGGCGAGGAAUUUUCACGGAAACCCUACGCUAUCGCUGUUCAACAAGGAUCACCCCUAAAAGACCAGUUUAACAAUGCGAUCUUGGUUUUGCUGAACAAGAGGAAACUGGAAAAGCUGAAGGACAGGUGGUGGAAUCAAAAUCCCGAGAGGAAGAAAUGCGGAAAGGACAGCGAUCAAAAUGAUGGAAUCAGCAUUCAAAACAUCGGCGGUGUUUUUAUCGUCAUCUUCGUGGGCAUCGGUUUGGCCUGUGUCACUUUGAUGUUCGAGUACUAUUAUUAUCGAUUUCGUCCCAAAGCGAGCAACGACAAUGCUGCUACCAAUGCAAAUUCGAAAAUCAAACCUGCAGAUGCUAUGAAGCCAAUCGUAUUUAACUUGCGGCCAGCUCCCACGCAGGCUUUGCAGCUUCCUACUCGAUUCAGAUCAAGAUUUUAA